CUGAGCUCACGCUAUUAACAACAAGCGACGGUACCGUGCUUAUAUUGAAUACUGAUUAAGUUAGUCUUAUAAAGGAAAUAUAAGACACAUAAAAACAUCGUCAGGUUCAGGGAUGGAGUUCCCUGUAGAUUUGUUGGUGUCCGGGAGACAUGAGAAUUUGGAAAGUUCAGCCCAGAUCUACAUGAAUACACUACUCUAUAGCAACCCAGAUAACACGCAAUACCUUUCUCUGCCUAGCUACAGAAAGAUCCAGAUCAGUCCUGCCAAUGUCGGUUUUGUACCUCUGUAUGGAACCAACCUCAGAUAUAAAGUCCUGGCACUGUUUGCUCCUGAAGACCAGUUCACAGCUGUGGCAUUGUUCUUGACUGAUCAGUGGUACGCAGUGGAAGAUAUUCUCAGAACUUCCGAUCCUGCAAGAGAAGGCCUUGUUAAGGUGACGUCUGUAGGCGAGAGGAUAGUCUUAUAUAUUCUGAACCGCAUAAUUUACCGGACAGUGGAGAUGAGUUCUAAUGAGGUGCCGUUCUUGUGCCAUGGUGAAGAUGACUAUGCUAAAAUACUUUGGAAGAAUGGAGAGGCGGUGGGCUUCUACUCUAUCAAAUCUAAAGGUAGCUUGUGUAAUAGCUUUGUGAGCCAGUGCUACCUGCUUCCUAUCAUGGACACUAUAUUUGUGCGGAAGGAUCACCGUGGUAACGGUCAUGGCUUACAGAUGUUGGAGGACUUUGUGGACUCUUUUAAAGACGAUGAACUGGGCUUGAAAUAUCCUCUAACGCAGGCCAUGCAAAAGGUAUGCAGUCAAUACCUGAUCACGUACCCAGCCGAUGGUGACCUUCUGUGGGAGGUGGAGGGAGUCGGAGGUCCCUAUCAGAAAGUGAAAGUGGCAAGCAAACUUGGCUCACUGGCAUUGCGAUGCAACCAUAGCUCAUUGGUAGAAGAGCACAGCAAAAAUGGAGAGGUUCCAAAUAUUGAGGAGAGCCUGGAUAUUAUGGAAGAAGUGGUGGUAGUCAACAAACAUCUCGCAGUAGCAGAAGAAAUGAAUAAAUUGCCCAUAUCCACACGCACGCGGAGCAGCGAGUGCAAACAAAAGAAAAGGCUGAGGGAAGAACCGGAUGAGAGUGCAGAGGAGAACCAACCUGAAAAAAUCAACAGAUUGGAGGAACCAGAAACAGAAGUAGAACCUGAUGCGGUUGUAUCCAAGACUAAAGAACCAGUGGACGGAGAGUGUGCUGGAGAACAAGAGGACAAAGUGGAGGUGGAGGAGGCUGUGGCCACUCUAACCCUUGCAGUUAAGGCAGAGCAUAAAUGUCCGGUGGCAGAGGUGAAUGGAGAAUUGAGUUACAAUCAGGAAGAAGAGAACAAGGCAUCAGCAGACACUGCUGAGGAUAUGCUGGAUCAGGAGUGCCCCCUAGAGGAAGAAUCUUUUGUGGAAAAUGGCACUGCAGAGGAAGAGGAGAUGAAGGAGGACUUUGUCAAUCCCUCAGAGUGUGAAGAACCAGAUGCAGUGGUUGAGCAGAUUGAUCAAGAGCCUAUUACUGAGGAGAAACUGGAAGCAGAGUUGGAAAAUUCCCCUGCAGAUGAGGAGGAAAAGGAUGUGGAAGUAGCAUCUGCUAUUGAUGAGGAAAAGGAAGAGGAUGUAGCUCCUGCAGUUGAGGGGAAACAUGUAGAGCAAAUAGAAACCAAAGACACUGAUCAGCCAACAACUGUUGAGGCCUAUUCAACUGACCUGGCAGAUGGGAACAGUGAAGCAGUGGUGGAACCAGUGCCUCCAGAGCCCAAUACUCCAGAAGAAGAGUCUUCUGCUGCUCCUGCUGCGGCAGGGGAAAGAGAAGCCACCAUGAAGACCGAGGAACCAGAUGUGAACCAAGAGGAUGAAACCGCUUCCAAUGUGCCACUUGAGGCAAAGGAGAGCCAGCUUACCAUGGACGACAAAGAAAUGGAGGAUGAAAUUGAGGCAGGAUAUGAAAAGGAAGUGGUUCCUGAGGAGCCAGAUGAAGAUAAACAGGCUGACGCUGAUGAUAAAGGUGAACAAAAAGAAGAGGAGAACUCUCUUGCUACAGAAGAUGAGAAUGGAGAAGAGGUGAAAAGUCCGGAUGAGGCCAAUGAUUCCACCCCUGAUGUUCGAGUCCUUAGAGGAGGCAGAAGUAAACCUGUCCCUCCAACCCCCAAACGCACUUCCAGCAGACGGAGCAAAGCUGUGAUCAUAGAGGAAGUAGUAGAAAAGGAGCAGCUCACGAGCACAGAAGAGGAAAAGGGAAGCACAGAAGAGGAGGAAACUGAAGAGCACAGCAUGGGAGAAGAGGAGGAGCCACCUGUGAUUGACAGGAGGAUGUUGAGACAUAAAACCAAAGGGAUGAAGUCCACGCCCAGAGUGAAAGCAAAGAGACGCAGCAAUAUCUGAGCUAAUAGGAUUUCCCAGGCUACAGCGAGGAGAGGCUGAGUGCGUGUAGAAGUGUGCAGGAGAGGAGAGGCAGAUUGCGAGAGGUGACUACACAGGAGGUUUGCAGCAUGAAGAAUAUACAUGUUUCCAUUUGUGUAUGUUAUUAAUAUUGGAAUCUACACCUGAAAAAAGGACUUGAAUAUUGUUCUGUUUCUCACCCAAAGUGAUUGCAUUGCUUAUGAAGACUUAUAUUAAACCACUGGAGUCAUAUGGAUUACUUUUUUACAUGCAGACAUACAUAUACUGGACCUUAACGCUUAAUUUACACAUUUUAAACCAUGACUUGCACCGCACAAAUAACUAAUAUUGGCAUUAUAGUCAUGUUGUUUAGACAAAGGGGAACUGGCCCCCACAGUGAGUCUGGUUUCUCCCAAGGUUAUUUUUCUCCAUUAACCAACAUCUUAUGGAGUUUUAUGUUCCUUGCCACAGUCACCUUCAGCUUGCUCACAGGGGCUCUAAAUACAAUUAUUAUAAAAAAAAAUUUAUUCACAAUUUACAAUCAUAUUUAAUCAAACUACAAAAUGAUC